CAAAAAAAUUCAAACACAACCAGCAGUGUGAGGAGACCUGAAAGUGGCACCCAUGGCAGAGUGUGGCGAUGGAGACAGCAGCAAUGGGAGGCCGUACAGGGACCCAUGAGAGACUCUGGACUUGGCAGCAGCAUGAGGAGGCGGUAUACGGGGCCCAUGGCAGAUUAGGGGCCUGGCAGCAGCUAUGGGAGGCCCGUAAUCUGCCAGCACCCUAUGUCAAAAAAUUGCAACACACCAGCAGUGUGAGGAGACCUGAAAGUGGCACAUGGCAGAGUGUGGCGAUGGAGACAGCAGCAAUGGGAGGCCGUACAGGGGACCCAUGAAGACUCUGGACCUCACCUGGCAGCAGCAUGA